UGCUUUUAAUCUCUUUCUCUUUUUCUACCUAUAUAAACACAUGAUCUCAAAUUUCAAAAUUCAUUCAAAGUUCAAGUUCAGUGAGGGAAAGAAAGCAGCAACAAUGGAAGAGAAUAAGAGAGAAAAGAAAACAGCGGGCAAAAGAGGGUUAUGGAAAGCUGAAGAAGACUUGAUUUUGAAGAACUAUGUGGAAACUCAUGGUGAAGGCAAUUGGGCCAAAGUUUCCAAAUUAUUGGGGUUGAAGAGAGGAGGGAAAAGUUGCAGGUUGAGAUGGAAGAAUUACCUAAGACCAAAUAUAAAAAGAGGUGCAAUGUCUAAGGAAGAAGAAGACCUUAUUAUUCGUAUGCAUAACCUUCUUGGUAACCGAUGGUCAUUAAUAGCUGGGAGAUUGCCUGGUCGAACUGAUAAUGAAGUGAAGAACUAUUGGAAUACCCAUUUGAACAAGAAAACCAGUGUUUUAGGCAAAAGAAAAGGCAAAGCCAUUGAUGAAUCCAACCAUCAAUCUAUUCCCAAUCAUCAAAACAACACCAAUACCAACAUUGCAAUCGAGAAUCAAGGCGGCGAAGAACCAAUAGCGCCACCGCCGGCCGAGCUGCCAAUGAUUUCGAGUCCGAAAACGACGACGGACGAUGAAGGAUCGAUGGGUUUGUUGAAGGUCGAUGGGUUAACUGAUAAUACAUGGAUGGAACGUGCGGUUCGUUGCUUUGAUUAUGAUUAUGAUAAUAAUUAUGAAAUUGAAACUCCAUUGAUGAUGAUGAACAAGAACCUUAAUUAUGCACAUAUGGUGUUCGACGAAGAGCCUUUUACGCCUUGUUUGGAUUCUUUCGUUCUUUUUGAAGCAUUCGGGACGGAUUCUGAUUUGGGAAAAACCCAACCGUUCUUGCCUUAGAACUAUCACCGCCGUCUCUGCCGCCGGUUUGCUGGCCCGGGAGUUGUUUUGUGUUGAGCGAGUAAAACUAGUGAAAAAAAAAAAGUGGGGGAUUAUAAUUUUAACUUAAAAUCCCAUAUGCUUAAGUUAAAAAUUAUAAUUCUUUUCUUGGAAAAAAAACUUUUUGUAGGAUUCAAUUUUAAAAAUUUAAAUGUUUUGUUUUAUUUUAUUUUAUUUUUUGUAAUAUCGGAAAUUCGUGUAUUCGUAUCAUGUAUAUGUUCGUAUUGUGUCGUACUCGUGUUUAAAUCUAUUAAAUGUUUUAAUAUUAUUUUCGAUAUUAUCUA